GUUGCCUUCUGCGCCGAGGGAGAAGGAGAAGAAGAAGGGGAGUAUGGCGCCGCCGCCGGGGAAGAAGUCGAGGGAUGAGAUCUUGAAGCAGUUGAGGGCUAGUCGGGCUGCGGCUGCUGCUGCUGAGGAGCAGGCGGCUGAGCCGGCGUUAGGGUCGAAGUUCAAAAGAAUUGGGGACUCGAAGGUGGAGAAGAAGAGGUGGGUUGAGCAGGAUGAGAAUGGACGGCGGAAGGAGAUUCUGCAGAUUACGGACGCGGAGGGUAAGACGAAGAGGAAGGUGAGGUGGUUGGAUAAGCCGGGAGAGACAAAUGCUGGGGGUCUCUUGGUUCCGGAUAAGGAUGCGAAGCCGCUGGGCAUGGAGGUGCCGGUGGAGGUUGCGGCUAAGGCGGCAGCUCCAUCGGAGGACGAGGAUGAUGAUAUUUUUGCUGGGGUGGGUGCCGAUUAUAACCCUCUUGGUGAUAUCGGGAGUGAUGAGUCGUCGGACGAGGACGAGGACGAGGAUGGUGAGGUUGCUGAGAAGCCAGCCCGCACCACUGAGACAGCGCCGAAGGAGACGCCGAAGCCUUCGGGUGAAGCUCCAGCUAAACCGCGCAACUACUUCUCGACUUCUACGACGGAGACUACUGAAGAAGAUCGUUCGAACCCUCUGACCAAAGAUCCCACCCUACUCGCUGCUCUCAAACGGGCUGCUGCCUUGCGACGAGCCGAGCCUUCCACAGAGGGAGAGGCUGGCGAGGGAGAAGAAGACGCCGACUCGGAGACGCUACUUCGGAGGAAGAAAUUCCUUGAAGAAGCCCGCCGUCGCGAGCAGCUGGAUGCCAUGGAUAUGGAUCUUGGAUUCGGAAGUAGUCGCGUUGAAGACGAUGAAGACGAAGAGGUGAUACUGGAGGAGCGGAGGGGCAAGAAGAGAAAGCGUGGACCCAAGAAGAAGAAGGGAGAUAAAGACAGUGUAUCCGAUGUGAUGCGUGUGCUUGAGGGAAGGAAGAAAGAUUGAGAGUGCGAUGUUGUAUUCUAUGCAUUUUAUGAGUUGUGAUACCACUGUUUUCUAUGCAUAUAUGUUCCACUUUUCCUUCUUCCCUUCUUACUAUGUGUCCUUCCUAGUUCUAGAACGUAAUAAUAUUCGUAGUGUUCUAUCCCGCUUGCUGGACUAUAG